AUGGAUGCAAGAGGAGCAGGAGUAGAGGAGGGUGCACAGAAGAAAAAAAGGAGACCUUUAGUGCCACCAUCCCCACGUCCUCCUCGAGCAUUAUUCUGCCUUGGACUUCAAAACCCAUUUAGGAAAGCUUGUAUAAACAUUGUGGAAUGGAAACCUUUCGAGAUGAUUAUUCUUCUUACCAUUUUUGGCAACUGUGUGGCUUUAGCAGUUUUCUUGCCGAUGCCAGAGGAUGACACCAAUUCCACCAAUUCUAUCUUGGAGAAGAUUGAGUAUAUCUUCCUAUUUAUAUUUACUAUUGAAGCAAGUUUGAAGAUUGUAGCCUACGGAUUAAUAUUACAUACGGAUGCUUACCUUCGAAAUGGCUGGAAUGUUCUAGAUUUCACUAUUGUUUCUGUAGGAGUCUUCAGUGUGGUCCUGGAACAGAUUCAUAAACUACAGGGCAUAACUGCCCCAGGAAAAAGUUCUGGAUUUAAUGUCAAGGCACUGAGAGCUUUUCGUGUCCUGAGACCGCUGCGUCUGGUGUCUGGGGUACCUAGCCUUCAAGUGGUACUGAAUUCUAUCACUAAGGCAAUGCUACCUCUUCUACACAUAGCUCUUCUUGUGCUUUUCAUGAUUAUUAUAUAUGCCAUUGUUGGACUAGAGUUGUUUUCUGGGAAGAUGCACAAGACCUGUUAUUUCAAAUUAACAGAUAUAAUAGCAACAGUGGAAAAUGAGAAACCUGCUCCAUGCAGUAGUAUAGGCCAAGGCCGCCAGUGCUCAAUAAAUGGAACAGAGUGCAGAGGAUGGUGGCCUGGGCCAAAUAAUGGCAUUACUCAUUUUGACAAUUUUGGUUUUGCCAUGUUGACUGUAUACCAAUGCAUAACUAUGGAAGGAUGGACAGAAGUACUUUAUUGGGUUAAUGAUGCUAUUGGCAAUGAGUGGCCCUGGAUUUACUUUGUCAGCCUUAUCCUUCUUGGAUCCUUCUUUGUGCUUAACUUAGUGCUCGGAGUCCUGAGCGGUGAGUUUACUAAGGAGCGUGAAAAAGCCAAAUCACGGGGAGCAUUCCAGAUGCUGAGAGAACAGCAGGAAAUGGAUGAGGACUUGCGUGGUUAUUUGGACUGGAUUACGCAUGCAGAGGUUAUGGAUUCAGAUAUGGAACCAGGAGAUGGUUUCUCAAAGCUAGAGGAAGGUGGUUCAGAAACCGACAGUCUGUAUGAAAUAGAGGGGAUCAACAAAUGUAUUGCCUUUUUCCGCCAGUGGCGCCAUUGGCAUAGACUGCUUCGUCGAAAAAGUCGAGAACUCGUGAAAUCCCGCCUCUUCUAUUGGCUUGUUAUUAUUAUAAUUCUUGUUAACACUAUCAUCAUAGCAACUGAACACCACAAUCAGCCUCACUCUCUAACAAGAGCCCAAGACAUCACGAAUCAGGUGCUGCUAGCGCUCUUCACCAUGGAGAUGGUUAUAAAAAUAUAUGCCCUUGGUUUCCAGUCAUAUUUUAUGUCAAUUUUCAACCGGUUUGAUUGCUUCGUAGUGUGCACAGGACUGCUUGAGGUUAUGCUGGUAGCCAGUGAUAUCAUGUCUCCUCUUGGAAUAUCUGUCCUGCGUUGUAUACGGCUACUACGAAUAUUCAAGAUUACACGAUACUGGACGUCACUAAACAACCUGGUGGUUUCUUUGUUAAACUCUGUCCGCUCCAUAGCAUCCCUUCUCCUCCUACUUUUCCUCUUCAUGAUUAUUUUUGCUCUCCUUGGGAUGCAAAUGUUUGGUGGAAAGUUUGACUUUGAAGACAUUGAAAUUAGGAGGAGCACCUUUGACACUUUUCCACAAUCCCUUAUCACUGUCUUUCAGAUCUUGACUGGAGAGGACUGGAACACUGUGAUGUAUAAUGGAAUCAUGGCUUAUGGUGGCCCAUCCUUCCCUGGGAUGUCUGUCUGCAUUUACUUUAUUAUCUUAUUUGUUUGUGGAAAUUACAUCUUACUGAAUGUAUUUCUUGCUAUUGCUGUUGAUAACCUUGCAGAGGCUGAAAAUCUCACUUCUGCGCAGAAAGCGAAAUCUGAGGAACGGAAACGCAAGAAAUUGGCAAGGGCAUAUCCAGAUAAAUCAGAGGAAGAAAAACUGCUCUUAGCAAAGAAAUUAGAACAAAAAGCCAAAGGGGAAGGCAUACCUACUACAGCCAAGUUAAAGAUAGAUGAAUUUGAGUCUAAUGUCAAUGAAAUAAAGGAUCCUUAUCCCUCUGCAGAUUUCCCAGGUGACGAUGAGGAGGAAGAACCAGAAAUCCCAAUAAGUCCUCGCCCUCGCCCUCUUGCAGAGCUACAGUUAAAAGAAAAGGCGGUGCCAAUGCCAGAGGCCAGCUCUUUCUUUAUUUUUAGCCCCACCAACAAAAUCAGAGUACUCUGCCAUCGUAUUGUCAAUGCCACCACCUUCACCAAUUUCAUCCUGCUCUUUAUCUUACUAAGUAGCAUCUCUUUGGCUGCUGAGGACCCCAUUCGACCGGACUCUUUCCGUAACAAGAUUCUUUCUUAUUUUGAUUAUGUUUUCACUGCGAUUUUCACAACUGAAAUUGUUCUUAAGAUGACAACAUAUGGUGCCUUCCUACACAAAGGUUCCUUCUGCAGAAAUUAUUUUAAUAUUCUGGACCUUUUGGUGGUUGGAGUUUCCCUCAUCUCAAUGGGCAUUGAAUCAAGCGCUAUCUCUGUAGUCAAGAUUCUCAGGGUAUUGAGAGUUUUGCGUCCCCUCCGAGCCAUAAAUCGCGCAAAAGGUCUUAAGCAUGUGGUCCAGUGUGUAUUUGUUGCCAUUAAAACCAUCGGGAACAUUGUCCUGGUCACGACACUUCUGCAGUUUAUGUUCUCUUGCAUCGGUGUGCAGCUGUUCAAGGGUAAAUUCUACAGCUGUACUGAUACAACCAAAAUGACAGCGGAAGAAUGCAGAGGAUAUUUUUUUGUGGCAAAGGAUGGAAAUCCAGCCCAUAUGGAGGCAGUACCCAGAGUAUGGUCACAUAGUGAAUUUCAUUUUGAUAACGUCCUUUCUGGCAUGAUGUCUCUUUUCACAAUUUCCACCUUUGAAGGCUGGCCAGAGUUACUGUACAGAGCUAUAGACUCGCACACUGAGGAUAUGGGACCUAUCUAUAAUUACCGCAUAGAAAUUGCAAUUUUCUUCAUUAUCUAUAUCAUCCUAAUUGCCUUCUUCAUGAUGAACAUCUUUGUCGGAUUUGUCAUUGUCACCUUCCAGGAACAAGGAGAGCAGGAAUAUAAGAACUGUGAACUAAACAAAAAUCAGAGACAGUGUGUGCAAUAUGCCCUGAAAGCCCGUCCCUUGCGGCGGUACAUCCCAAAAAAUCAAUACCAAUAUAAGAUAUGGUAUGUAGUGACCUCAUCAUAUUUCGAGUACUUGAUGUUUUUCCUUAUUACUCUGAAUACCAUCAGUCUUGGCAUGAAGCACUAUGGACAGACUGCAGAGUUCAGUCAUCUGGCUGACAUUUUCAAUGUGGUCUUUACUGGAAUCUUUACAGUAGAAAUGUUGCUCAAGCUAGCAGCAUUUAAAGCAAAGGGUUACUUUGGAGACCCCUGGAAUGUCUUUGAUUUCCUAAUUGUUAUAGGAAGCUUAAUUGAUGUAAUUCUGAGUGAGAUUGAUACCCCAGCUAUGCCUAUGCCGGAUGAUGAAUCCGGACGAAUUUCAAUUACUUUCUUUCGGCUGUUCCGUGUUCUGCGUUUGGUGAAGUUAUUGAGUCGUGGAGAGGGAGUCAGGACUCUGCUCUGGACCUUUAUAAAAUCCUUCCAGGCACUUCCAUAUGUAGCCCUUCUCAUUGUAAUGCUUUUCUUCAUCUAUGCAGUCAUUGGAAUGCAGGUUUUUGGUAAAAUUGCAAUGGUUGAUGGAACACAAAUAAAUCGGAACAGCAAUUUCCAGACGUUCCCGCAGGCUGUGUUGUUACUUUUUAGAUGUGCCACCGGAGAGGCCUGGCAAGAGAUCUUGUUGGCUUGUUCCUAUGGAAAGCUGUGUGAUCCAGAGUCGGAUUUUCUGCCAGGCGAGGAAUACACAUGCGGAACAAGUUUUGCAUACUACUACUUUAUCAGUUUCUAUAUGUUGUGUGCUUUUCUGAUUAUCAAUCUCUUUGUUGCUGUUAUCAUGGAUAACUUUGAUUACCUUACCCGAGAUUGGUCAAUUCUGGGUCCACAUCAUUUGGAUGAGUUUAAAAGGAUUUGGGCCGAGUAUGACCCUGAAGCAAAAGGAAGAAUCAAACAUUUAGAUGUUGUUACUCUUCUAAGAAGAAUCCAGCCACCUCUGGGAUUUGGAAAAUUCUGCCCCCACAGAGUGGCUUGUAAGAGAUUGGUCAGUAUGAACAUGCCAUUGAAUAGUGAUGGCACAGUCACCUUCAAUGCCACUUUAUUUUCACUGGUGAGGACAGCACUGAAAAUCAAAACUGAAGGUAACUUUGAACAGAGUAAUGAAGAGCUCCGGAUGAUCAUAAAGAAGAUUUGGAAAAGGACCAGCAUGAAGCUACUGGACCAGGUUAUUCCACCGAUUGGAGAUGAUGAGGUGACUGUUGGUAAGUUUUAUGCCAUCUUCCUGAUACAAGAACAUUUUCGAAAGUUCAAGAAACGUCAGGAAGAAUAUUAUGGAUACAGGCCUAAAAAAAGUGCAAAUAAUGUGGAGAUUCAGGCUGGUUUGCGUACAGUAGAAGAAGAGGAAGGAGGGGGUGAACUACACCGUGCCAUUUCUGGAGAUCUGACCCCAGAGGAAGAAUUGGAAAGGGCUAUGGUAGAGGCAGCCAUUGAAGAAGGCAUUUAUCGAAGGACUGGUGGGCUAUUUGGGCAGGAAGACAGUUUCCAUGCUGAACCUGUCAGCCCUCUGCAAACAACAUUUACUAGCCAACGACCUUUAAGAUUUUCAGAAGCUGGAAGUGAGGACUUGGAUUCUCCUGUAUUUCUUCCAGAUCCUGUAUUUUUUCCUCCACCAAGAAGAAACCGUAACACAAACAACAGCACAAUAUCAAGGGGAUUAGACCAGAGGCCUACAACUCCAGACUUUGAAAGAGUACUACAAGGUGAAGAGCAGUGGGAUAGCAACAGUACUAUAAGCCAGACAACAAACUGA